AUGCGAUCCAAACUGGGCAGUGGUGAGAUGUUCACCCACGUCAACAUCCUCCAUCUCAAAGCCGCCAACGAGACUCUUGAACGGCAACCCACCAACGAGACUCACGUACAGCUGUUCGACUUCGAUCGCGGCCGCCACAACCACGUCCCUCUCAUGGCUCAGGCUGAGCUCCCAGUCGACCGCUACAUUCGUGAAGAAGGCAUCUCGACCUAUGAGCAAUGCCUCGCCAUCACUCUGAAAUUGCAGGAGAAGCCGACGUUCGGGUAUCGUCUUCAGGAUCUGUACUACAAUGCGAUCCACCAAGCCCUCCGCGACCGCGUUGAGCCUCCACCUGGUCGCUCGAGACGACCUGAAGGUGGCCAAAGAUUCCGAGAGAGCAACCCCGACGGGGUAUACGCCACUCAGGCCCCGGGCUACCAGCCUGAGAUGGUAAACAGCUACCAAGGGUUCGACAACGAGGUCUACCCCCGAUACCCUUCCCCCAUGUACGAAGGCAUGGAGUGUACGGAGCUUCUUGCUAUCAAGUAA